UACUAGACGAAUACAAACUGAAAAUAGAUCAGAUGAUAGCUGAACAUAUUGUAGAAAUUCACAGAAGAGAUGAUGACAAUAUUAAUCUACCCUAUGAUACUGAAACACUUCAACGAUAUAUUCUCUGUGCAAGAACUUUCAAACCGAAG